AUGCCUGUUUUCAGUGGCCUGUUGAAGGUGCGAGUGUGUGAGGCAGUGGACCUGAAGCCGACCCCCUGGGCCCUGCGCCAUGCUGUGGGAAAGAGCGGCUCCUUUCUGCUGGACCCGUACCUGGCCCUGAACCUGGACCAGACUCGGCUGGGCCAGACCGCCACCAGGACCAAGACCAACAGCCCCGCCUGGCACCAGGAGUUUUGCACUGAGGUCCGUCAGGGACGGAGUCUGGAGCUGUCUGUUUUCCAUGAUGCGCCGAUCGGAUACGAUGACUUUGUCGCCAACUGCACCAUCCAGCUGGAGGACCUGCUGCAGAACGGAACCAGGCACUAUGAAGACUGGAUUGACUUGGAGCCGGAGGGGAAGGUGUAUGUGGUCAUUGAUCUGUCUGGAUCCUCCACUGAGGCCUCGGGAACCAAUGAGAAUGAGGAGCGCGUGUUUCGAGAAAGGAUCGGUCCUCGCCGGCGACAGGGCGCCGUCCGAAGACGCGUCCAUCAAGUCAACGGACACAAGUUCAUGGCAACCUACCUGAGACAACCGACCUACUGCUCACAUUGCAGAGAUUUUAUCUGGGGCGUGCUGGGGAAGCAGGGAUACCAGUGUCAGGUGUGUACGUGUGUCGUCCACAAGCGCUGUCAUGAGCUCAUCAUCACCAAGUGUGCCGGGAUGAAGAAGCAGGAGGACUCACCGGAGGAGGUGGGUUCACAGCGGUUCAGUGUUAACAUGCCCCAUAAGUUCAGUAUCCACAACUACAAGGUCCCCACCUUCUGUGACCACUGUGGCUCCCUGCUCUGGGGCCUCAUGAGGCAGGGCCUGCAGUGCAAAGUGUGUAAGAUGAAUGUGCAUAGGCGGUGUGAGACCAAUGUAGCUCCAAACUGUGGUGUGGAUGCCCGAGGAAUCGCCAAGGUCCUGUCUGACCUGGGAGUCACGCCCGACAAGAUCUCCAACACCGCACAGCGCAGGAGGAAGUUGACUCCAGGGCAGGACCCUCCCCAGUCUCCUCCUGAGCUCUCUCAGACUGAGGAGAACAGCUUCAGCCAGCCAGCUGUCCCCACCUCCCCCUCACAGCAGGACUUGGCAAAAUUAGAUCGCCUGCAGGACGCGCUGUCACUCAACCAGCAGGGACCCCAGCACUCCUCCUCCUCUUCCUCCAACUCCACCAACUCCUCUUCCUCCUCGUCCUCUUCCUCGGCAGGCAGGGAGGAUGGACAGAGCCAGAGGAGGAGCCUCAAGGACUUCAACUUUAUUAAGGUUCUCGGCAAAGGCAGCUUUGGGAAGGUGAUGUUGGCGGAGCUGAAGGGGACGGAGGAGGUUUACGCUGUCAAAGUUUUGAAGAAGGACGUGAUCUUGCAAGACGAUGACGUGGACUGCACCAUGACCGAGAAGCGCAUCCUGGCCCUCGCCCGCCGACACCCCUACCUCACCCAGCUCUACUGCUGCUUCCAGACACGGGACCGUUUGUUCUUUGUAAUGGAAUACGUGAACGGUGGAGACUUGAUGUUCCAGAUUCAGCGAUCCAGGAAGUUUGACGAGCCUCGCUCUCGUUUUUACGCCGCUGAAGUCACCUCAGCCCUCAUGUUCCUGCACCGUAAUGGGGUCAUCUACAGGGAUCUGAAGCUGGAUAACAUCCUGUUGGACGCAGAGGGACACUGUAAGCUGGCAGACUUUGGCAUGUGCAAAGAAGGGAUCAUGAACGGAGUGACCACCACCACCUUCUGCGGCACGCCUGACUACAUUGCCCCUGAGAUCCUGCAGGAGCUGGAGUACGGAGCCUCUGUGGACUGGUGGGCCCUGGGGGUGCUGAUGUAUGAAAUGAUGGCCGGACAGCCUCCGUUCGAAGCUGAUAAUGAAGAUGACUUGUUCGAGUCGAUUCUCCAUGACGACGUCCUAUACCCUGUGUGGCUCAGCAAAGAGGCUGUUUCUAUCCUUCGAGCGUUCAUGACCAAGAACCCAGCCAAGCGUCUGGGCUGUGUGGUGAGCCAGGGCUGUGAGGAGGCCAUCAAGACCCAUCCCUUCUUCAGAGAGAUUGACUGGGUCCUGCUGGAGCAGAGAAAAGUCAAACCACCCUUUAAACCUCGAAUUAAGACAAAGCGAGAUGUGAAUAACUUUGAGAGGAUCACUAAGGAGGACCCGUGUUUGACGCCCGGACGAGCCAUCACAUCAUCCGAUUACAGAGAGAGGAGGAGGAGUUCUUCUCUCUCCCUACUGCGCCCCUAG